CGCGUGUAGUCGUCUUUGGAAACGGUUCGUUCGUUUGCUGUUGUGUUUUUUUUCGCGGAACGGUUUUGUUUUUUCUCCCUCUUCCACACACGGAGGCCCGCGGCUAGCUGCGCACUAGGUGCAAGUGAAAUAGCACUCGGUGGUGCACAGGUUCUUGUAGGUUUUUUUUGCCUCUGUACGACUUUGUUGGACGGUGCGGUUUCCCGUAGGCUUCAGUCAGCGAACACGGAAAUCCGUUUCAUUCCGGGGCAUCCGUUCAGUCAGGGCACCAACCAACCCGAAUUCGGUGUUAUUUUUGAGAGGAAAUUCGUAAAAAGCGAACGGUGAGGAUUUUGGUGAGUCCAUUCCGCAGUGGUACUCAUAAUUUAAAAUCUUCGCUAGCAGCUCGUAAAGUAAAAAGUGCAUUUUUAUUUGCCUCGGCACUAACACCACGGUCCAGUAGUGAGAAGUGAAGCAACCACAGCAAAAGCAAAAAAUAAAGAAGGUUGUGUUCUGGUGUGUUUGCGUGACGAAAAGCAAGCUGUGAAGAUCGCGGUAAGAAAAAUAACAAAAAGUGGCAAGAUUGUAACGAAAAAAAUAUAAAAGAAGUGAAUAUUCUGUUCCGGAGUAGUUUUUCCUGAACCAAAAGGGGAUUUUUUCUUCCAUUGUCUGUUUGAUAAUCAGCAGACGGAUUCACGGAUUACGGGUGUGUAACUUCAAAUCGACGAGGAGCUGUAUUCUUUAGCCGGAACGAUGUCGGACGAGAAGCAGGAAAAUGGUACCCGCAACGGUGACGUGCCGGAGAUUGAGUUAAUCAUCAAGGCUUCGACGAUAGAUGGCAGACGUAAAGGCGCGUGUCUAUUUUGCCAAGAAUAUUUUAUGGACCUGUAUCUGCUGGCAGAGCUGAAAACCAUCAGUCUUAAGGUCACAACAGUGGACAUGCAGAAACCUCCGCCCGAUUUUCGUACCAACUUCGAAGCGACACCACCGCCCAUUCUGAUCGACAACGGGCUGGCCAUCCUGGAGAACGACAAAAUCGAGCGACACAUCAUGAAGUCAGUGCCCGGAGGUUACAAUCUGUUCGUGCAGGACAAAGAAGUGGCCACCCUGAUCGAGAACCUGUACUCCAAGCUGAAGCUGAUGCUGGUCAAGAAGGACGAAAACAAGAACAACGCCCUGCUGGCGCACUUGCGGAAGAUCAACGACCAUCUGGCGGCGCGGGGUACCCGGUUCCUAACCGGCGACACCAUGUGCUGCUUCGACUGCGAACUGAUGCCGCGGCUGCAGCACAUCCGGGUGGCCGGCAAGUACUUUGUCGACUUUGAGAUACCAAAACACCUGACGGCUCUGUGGCGGUAUAUGUACCAUAUGUAUUUGCUGGAUGCCUUCUUGCAGUCCUGUCCGGCCGAUCAGGACAUCAUCAAUCACUACAAGCUGCAGCAGGCAAAGGGUGAUACCAAGAUGCUGAAGAUGAAGAAGCACGAAGAGCUGGAGACACCAACGUUCACCACAUCGAUCCCGAUUGAUCUAAAUGAGCACUAGAAGCACGACGGGAAGGAGGAGGAGGUUGACGAUCGCGGAUUGGGAUCCGCUCUUUCUGGACAGUAUAAGUAGGGCAACCUCAACACCACCAUGUAGCAGCACUGUGCUGGGAUCGACCGUAACGGUUUAAACACAUUUUUGAUAACCAUUUACAAACAAUAGCGCGAUAUACCGAAUCAAUCCGUCACAGAGAAAAUAACAACUCCAACAAACAACGUGUUUUGUCUGGGCAGCGCCCGCCGGGGUGCUGUCAACCAACUGUUACGUUUUCACACGCGAACUACUUUACCGACGAUUUGUCACUUUUUUUUGUUUCGUUUCACCAUGGCCAUCCUAGAUCGGCAACGAUAACAGAUGAAGCAGAAGAGAGUUGAACAACAAAUGUAAAGAAUAAUCUAAGUAGAAUUUAGUUGAUAAAUUCAUUGUUUAUUAUCCUAUAUUUUUAAUUUUACUGUGUUGGUAGAGAGAAAAGACACACAGCAGAGAGAGAGAGAGAGAAAAAUAAUUAUAAUACGCAAGUUAAAUCAACCUACGCGUAAUAAAUCAAAUAAAUAAACUAAUGUGCAAACUUUUACUCUUUUCCUCAUAACUGUUGAAUUUCUAUCAAAUAUGCUUCUGAACUUUCCUGUGGUAAUCUUUUGUUUUUUUUUGGAUUUAUUCCCCCAUUCAAGGUACUAUAAAUGUGCCAUUGCCAGGUAUAAUUUUCCCUAUCUCCUAUUGAACUACUUAACGCUGCUUUGCAGCGCUUAUUCAACUGAAUCAAAUAUAUUCAACGAAUCUACUAUACACACAUACACACUAACAUCUAACAGCAGAAAGAAAUCAGGACAGCACAGUAGCGACAUAAAAAAUAAUCACAAUUUGUACGUUUUUACUUAAACGAAAAGAAAGCAGCAGUAGUAGUUGGAUUAGGCAAAAAAAACUAGAAGCAAACAUUUACUGUUAAGUUAAGUUGAUAAACUAAAAGAAGCAAUUGAUAAAGUGUAAAAUUAAAUCACAAAAAAAAGAAACAAAUAAACAGAAUCAAGCCACUCGUUUGCGGUUGUGUAAAUAAAUCACUUAAUUCAGAGAAUUUGUUUGUAGCAACGAACAAGAAGAAUUUCAGCAGCAAAAAUAGAGAGAAAAAAAAAACGGUUUUUAUUUUUUCAAUAAUAUCGAUUAAGCUAUCACACAGACGUAAUAAAGCAACACACUAAACUAGACAGCAGCAGACUUCUUUCUAGGAACUAGAAGCGAGCUAUAAUAGAUAGCAUGUAGUUAGAUGCUUAAAAAGGAUGGAUAAACCUAUAUUGAUUGAUUGAAUGAUGGUGGAACAGAGUAAACAAACGAAACGAAACCCAUGCAUCAACAAGCUUUCUUAACGGAAACAAAACAAAACUUUAUUCGCUGGUAAAAACUGAUCAGAGUUAUUACUUUUUCUUUUUUGUUGUAAUUUAUUUACUACAACUUGUUUUAUACAUGCUGUAAUUGGAGGACAGUAAUAAAGAAAAAUAAAUGUUUUUUUCGACAC